AUGAAUAAAGAUCAGAUAGAGAAAUAUCAAGAACGAAGCCUGCGAAAAAAGUACAAUAUGCUACAUAUGCUACCAACACUAAGCUCCAAAGCGUUAUCUGGCCUAUACUAUAAGAAUUUCCAUAAUUCCGUGAAGCGAUAUCAAAUCACUUUGCCUGAACAACUAAGAAACGGGAAAUUUUGCUCUUAUUGUGGAUCCACUUAUGUUCCGAAUUUUAAUGCAACGCUUCAGAUAACAAUUAGAGCAGAGCAAGAUGCCUUAUCAAAACCCGGUAAUAAAAAUAUGGAAGCGCCCAAAAAAUGCGUUACUGUUGACUGCUUAAAUUGUGGAAAGUCAACUCUAUUUGAGUGGGAACCUAGCAUGAUUGACCUAGCAAUAGAGCAAGAUACUACUAUUACGACUAACAGCACAACCAAUAGAAAAGUUGCGCCGGCAGUAGAAAUGCCUCGAAAGGGUAAGGUUAAUAGCGGUAAAGACAGGUCCAAGAAAAGAAAGUUAAAUUCACUCACAAAUCUUUUAUCAAAAAGGAAUCAGGAGAAAAAAAUGGAAAAAAAAAAAAGUUCAUUACUGUCAUUAGAAAGUUUUAUGAAAAGCUAG